AUGAAGAUCACCUACUUCUUGACAAUUGUCUUGGCGUCUGCGGUGGCAAAAAGUGAUCAUCGCGAGAGGGAAAAGCGAUAUCUCGUCGCAUUUCCCACCAACAGUGCGACUGGAAUUCUAGUGGCCAUCAGUGUUCCUCUGAUCCUUCCCCAGAGGAAUGUCUUCGUGUCAUACAACUUCGAGGCGAACUACAACAUGCCAACAACGGCUGCGGAUGUCAUUCCAGGUCCUCUUAAGAGAUUGGAUCUCAUCGAUCGCCGGAAGAGACACGACAGAGAAUCCCUCCUGACCAGGAAGAAGAUCUACAGAGUCCUAGAGAGGAGAUUCAAGCGAUCGUGUCUGCUCAAAGCGAUUUGCCAGGAAGCUAGAGAGCCUAUAAAUGACCACAACGGUCUUCACGGGGACAUUUUGCACAUAAUCCUCACACCUUCAACUUCCGUCACAGAGGAUCUCCAUCCGGAAUACUACAAAGCUGAAGAAUUGGGACGCUCUGGAGACUGCGCCAAGUACAGGAAAUACUGCCCGAAAUCAAUUAUUGAAAAUUAUCUAAUAAAUUAA